GAUCCCUCGAUUUCGAUUAUAACUACUCUGGGUAAGGUAGAUAACCUCAACUACUCAACCCCGCAGAUUUCCCAAAAAUGAACACCAUGCCCGAACUCAAAACUAUCCGCACCCCGACCCUGGAAAUAGCCUAUCACGACCACGGUGCCUCAACCGGCUGGCCCGUGAUACUCUCCCACGGCUUCCCCUACUCCAUCCACGCCUACGAAGAAGUGGCCCCCCUCCUCUUCGCCCAAGGCGCCCGCGUCGUCAUCCCUUACCUACGCGGCUAUGGCCCGACGCGUUUUCUCUCUCCUUCAACCAUGCGAUCAGGUCAACAAGCAGCACUAGGUACGGAUUUGCUUGCGCUUAUCCAUGCACUAGGUAUCGAGAAAGCCAUCAUCGCGGGAUUCGACUGGGGUGGUCUAGCGUCCUGCGUUGUGGCUGCGCUAUGGCCGGACAGAGUGGAAGGGUUAGUGUCUUAUGCCGGGUAUGAUAUCAUUGAUCGGCCUGCGCAGCGGAGGGCUGCUGGGCCGGGGUUGGAGUGCGUGAUGUGGUACCAGCAUCUGUUUCAAAGCGAGAGAGGGAGGGAAUGUCUCCAGGGGAAUCGGAAGGAGUUGUGUCGGAUAUUGUGGGAGCAGUGGUCGCCGACAUGGGAGUUUAGUGAUGAGGUGUUCGAGAAAACUGCUGCUUCGUUUGAUAAUCCGGAUUUUGUCGAUGUGGUGAUACAUUGCUAUCGUCAUGUUCUCGGGUCAGAAGAGGGAGAUCCGAAAUUGCAGGAGCUAGAGGAGAGGCUGGCGAAAAGACCGAAGAUUCGGGUACCAUGUAUAACGCUGGAUGGGACGAAAGAUCCGCUGAAGCCGGGUGGAACGGCUUCGCACAAUAGUAUGUUUACGGGGCGGUAUGAGAGGUGGGAAAGAGAUGUAGGACAUGCAUUUCCAAUGGAAGCGCCAGGAGUAUUCGCUGAGGCGGUGUUGAAGAUCCACCAGUGGGCAUGUCAUCAAUGAGUUACAGGCACGAUAACCAGUACACAAGCAGUGACGCAUAGGGUCGAGCACGAAUUCAAAAGAUUGUCUUCAGCUCGGGUAUAAAUAUCCCUUUGCUCUUUUGCGAAGGUCUCUUUAUUUAGAAUAGCUGUAAUAAUUCCUGUUUGAGGGUUGAGAAUGAGGCUCGGAGUGGGAAUAAGUCUACUAACUCAACUGAGUUGCCUGCAACCACUCCUAACUUUAG